GGUGCAUGAAUUUGAGAUGAGAUAUAAAGGAAGAGUGAGUCUGAUUAAGUCAUUCUAUUGUACCACUCCCGCAAUCGGUAAUCAAAACUUGAAACCCUAACGAACAUUCCAAUCCCAAUCGAUAGGCAUUAGGUUUAGUUGCAAUGGCUUCAAAACGCAUUACUAAGGAGUUGAAGGAUCUGCAGAAAGACCCUCCUGUGUCCUGCAGUGCUGGCCCUGUUGGGGAAGAUUUGUUUCAUUGGCAAGCUACAAUCAUGGGUCCUGCAGACAGUCCUUAUGCUGGUGGUGUAUUCCUAGUGACCAUUCACUUCCCACCAGAUUAUCCAUUUAAGCCGCCAAAGGUUUCCUUCCGAACAAAAGUGUUUCACCCUAACAUAAACAGCAAUGGAAGUAUCUGUCUUGACAUUCUGAAAGAACAGUGGAGCCCGGCUCUUACUGUUUCCAAGGUGCUGCUGUCCAUUUGCUCCCUGCUGACAGAUCCAAACCCAGAUGAUCCUUUGGUGCCUGAUAUUGCCCACAUGUACAAGACUGACAAAGCCAAGUAUGAAAGUACUGCCCGGUCUUGGACCCAGAAAUAUGCAAUGAACUAGCACAAAUGAAUAAGGUUUUAUGGACUUUCUGUGGGGGAAAAUGUUGUUUGGGACGCCUGAUGGGUAUAUAUACAUUACAAUAUAUAGUGCAUAUGUUCUGUUUCUAUAGUAAUAAUCCAAACUCCAGAAAUUUCAAGGCUUGAAGUUAAUAUUUAAUAGUUUUGAUUUGAAUA